UCUUGAAGAAAAAUAUAAACAUUACUUCCAGUAAGAGACCGUGUGCUGCACAUCUUAAUCGCAUCAUCAAAACAAAAACGAUUUUUGGCAACAAACGGUGGAAACAACAUCAACCCUCGUUGCACUGUAUGAUAUGAUCGAUUUUAUACUAAAAACAAAAAGUAGUUAGACAUAAUGACUCCACCGACGACGCCAACUCGGCACACGGGAGUAUGGCCAAAACUCGGGUUGUUACUAUGGAAGAAUUGCUUGCUGCAGAUACGACACAAAUUCCAAACGCUCAUCGAUAUUCUGCUGCCAGUUCUAAUGUUUGUGCUGCUAGCGUAUUUGCAGAAAUUGUCUAAUCCAGUUGGGCAUCCACAAGUAACGACAUUUCGAUCGCUGGAAAUCAAUACAUUGGACACUUUGUGGAACAAUUCAAAUUUGAAUCCACCUGUGAAAGAGCGUAAAAUGGUUUUCCAUCCAAACAACACAAUUUUUCUAGAUCUUAUGAAAAGUGCUAGCGACCAUUUAGCGAUCGAAAGUCCUUAUGGAGUCGACGAAGUAAGUCAACUGGAGGGCAUCCUGAUAAAGAAGGAAUUAAUUGCUGCUAUUGAGUUUCAUCAUCCAGCGACCCUGAACGAGCUUCCCAAAGACCUGUCGUAUUCGUUACACUUUCCAUCAGAAUUACGCACAACAGAAUUGCCAAGUCACUUCAGGCCAACCAACUACAAUUGGCACACAAAUAAGAUUCUGCCCAACGAAGAAUUUAAUUUACCAAGACAUUUGGAAUACGCCGAUGGUGGUCCUCCGUCCUACUACAACGAAGGAUUUCUGGCUAUUCAAAAUGCUGUGGCGCGUGCCUUCGUUUCAGAAAAUGCGAAUAGUAAAACUCAAAUGCCAGACGUGCUGGUCAAACGAUUUCCGUAUCCAGCGUUUACGACCAACUUUUAUUGGAAUAUGUUGCAAAUAUUCCUGCCGUUGUGUAUGCUGUUGAGCUUCAAUUAUUCGUUUUCGAAUGCUGUACGUUUCAUUGCCAUGGAAAAGGAGAAGCAGUUGAAAGAGGCUAUGAAAAUUAUGGGAUUACAGAGCUGGUUGCAUUGGUUGAGCUGGUUCUUGCGGUCAAUGACAAUGCUGAUCAUUUCGGUCCUUUUCAUUAUGAUUCUGAUCAAGAUUCCAAUGUUUGGAUCAGCCUCCGCAGUUUUUUCCAACUCAAAUGCGUUCCUCCUCACAACAUUUUUCCUCGUAUAUUGCGUCAAUUUAACCACACUCAGUUUCUUCGUCAGUACGUUCUUCUCGAAAGCUAAAGCGGCCGUAACGGCAUCGUCGAUCAUUUGGUACCUGUCUUAUUUACCAUAUUUGAUGACUCACGACAAAUACGAUGUGAUGCCUGGUCCAUUGAAAGUGUUUUUGUGCAUCUUUCCCAAUACGGCCAUGGCGUACGGAAUGAAGUUGAUUAUUCGCAACGAACAAUUGGGGGACGGAUUCAUUUGGUCGACAAUGUGGCGUCCAAUAAAUGUGUACGAUAGCCUGACUAUCGGAACCACAAUGGUUUUUCUGUUGCUAACAGCGUGCUUGUUUUUCGUGUUGACAAUGUACAUCGAAAGCAUUUUCCCGGGGAAUUAUGGCGUGGCGAAGCCGUGGUAUUUUCCGUUCAAAAAAGAAUUUUGGUGCCGUUCACAAAAGCGCAGAGACUAUCAACCGUUUGAAGAUAAUCAUGGUGAUGACGGUAGCAGUGCUAUUCAGGCGGAUCCUGGAAAUUUUGAAGAAGAGCCAACUGAUCAGCGUGCAGGUGUCGUGACAAAACAUUUGUCCAAAUCGUUUGGGAAGAACGUAGUUGUUACCAAUUUGUCGAUGAACAUGUACAACAACCAAAUAACAGUUCUGUUGGGCCAUAACGGAGCUGGUAAAACGACAACAUUUUCUAUGCUAACUGGAAUGAUAGAACCGACAUCGGGCACAGCAUUAAUUGAUGGGUACGAUAUACGAUCGAACAUGGACAUGGCUCGCAGUUCCAUGGGAUUUUGCCCUCAACACAACAUUCUAUUCGAUGAGUUGACGGUACGGGAGCACAUCAUGUUCUACAGUCGUCUAAAAGGCUUAAGUAUGAAAGAUGCCAACGACGAGGUCGAAAAAUAUGUUCGCCUCCUCGAAUUGGACUCUAAAAUCGACUCAACGUCCCAGACGUUGUCCGGUGGAAUGAAGAGGAAAUUGUCAAUUGGAAUUGCACUGUGCGGACAGUCGAAAGUGGUUUUCUGUGAUGAGCCCACCAGUGGCAUGGAUGCCGCGUCACGCCGAUCACUUUGGAAUGUCUUGAUCGAAGAGAAAAAGGAUCGGGUCAUCGUACUGACAACCCACUUUAUGGACGAGGCCGAUGUGCUUGGCGACCGGAUCGCUAUAAUGGCACAUGGAAACUUGCAGUGCUUUGGAUCGUCAUUUUUCUUGAAAAAACGUUUCGGCACCGGGUACCACUUGAUAUGCGAGAAGAAUUUCGAUUGUCACUCCGACUUUGUAACCGGACUGCUUCGGAAAUAUUUGCCCACGCUUCAGAUUGACACCGAAAAUGAAAGUGAAAUAACUUACCUUCUGCCGGAGGAUCAGGUUCCGAUCUUCAAAGAAAUGUUUCGAGACCUGGAAGACAACGAACACAACUUAAAUCUGAAGAGCUACGGUGUGUCGUUGACGACUAUGGAAGAGAUAUUCUUGAAAUUUGGCAAAUGCUCAGCCUAUGUAGACAAAAAAUCUCAAACCAGGUCGAGAAAUGGAUCUGAUAACGCUUCGGCAGUAGUUUCCAUAACAGAAAAUCACUUCAACGAAACGGUACUCGUGAGAGGAACCGCUCUACUACGUCACCAAGCCAUGGCAAUGUUCAAAAAACGCUCGUUGUGCUGGCUACGAUCUUGGAAGAUUUUCACUUUCUACAAUUUGAUCGCUUUCAUCAUUCUCGCGCCGAUCAUUUUCCAAGGCCACAGCUUUUGGAGUUCGAACAUUCGACACGGUCUACCGCCUCUAGACAUUUCGUUGGACGGAUACGAGAAACCGAUUACCGUGGUUCAGGAAAGCAGGAACAGCAGUCUGUUGUCCGAGAUCAUGGACCAGUACCAACAAAAUCUGUGGUCACAUUCACAAAACACAAAAGUAGUGACGACGGACAAAGAGCUGGACACGUUUCUCUUGAAUUUGGCCGGCCAGUCGUUGGCAACUUUCAAUUACCAGUAUUUGGCAGCCGCAAGUGCCCUGACUAGUGGUGAGAUCGUGGCAUGGUUCAACAAUCAGUUCUAUCACACUGCCCCACUGGCACUGAAUUUGGUACACAAUGCCAUCGUACGAGCAAUCAUUAAUCCCGCUUACAGCAUUCAUGUUGUCAAUGCUCCGUUUGACUAUGUUGUCCAACCUAAUAGUACCGACGAUUCCAGCGUUUCCCUAUUUAGCGCUUCUUUCACAUUCGCUGUGGGAUUAGCCAUGCCAAUGGUAUCCGCUUCGUACAUCAUGUUCUACAUUCAGGAGAAAGUUUGUCGUGCCAAAUUUUUGCAGUAUGCGAGCGGCAUCAAUUUGAGCAUCUUUUGGAUAGCGUCGAUAUUGUGGGACGUCUUAACGCACAUGGUCACCGUUGUGUUAAUCGUUGUCAUGACAGCGUUUAGUCGUCAGCCGUUUUGGGCUGAGGCGAAUACAUUGGCUGUGAUUGGCUUGCUAUUUACCAUGUACAAUUUCGCAAUGAUACCAGUCAUUUGUCUGACUUCGCUCAUAUUCUCAAAACCGACGACCGGCAUGAAUGUCAUUUAUUUCGGAAGCUUGGUCAUUUCCAUAGUGUACGCAUGCGAUCUGUUUAUUCGAUUUUUGCCUAAAGUGAUCCGAGCGUUCUUUACAAUCUACCCGACAUGCACCUUAAUCAGUGGGUUAUUUAAACUGGGAAAGACAGACGAACUGUUGACUGUAUGUGAACAUCUGUGCGUAGAGAUAAAUUGUAAUCGCCAGGAGUUGUGCACCGCAAAUCCGGACUGUUGCCCAAAUCUCGUGUUUUCCUGGAACGAGAACAGUGUGUCCAAGGACUUACUGGUUAUGGUGGCAACUAGCAUUGGUGUAACAUUGCUUGUUCUUUUGAUCGAGCAAGGCUUAUUACGCCGUUUGAUUGCAUAUCUAGUUAGUCUAGUACGAUCUAGGCCAGUAUUUGAUCCACUGCAAGAUGAACAGCUUGACGACGAUGUACGUGAAGUGAAAGAGCGUAUCAACGCAAUGGACGUGGGUCAACUGCGAGAACAGAGUGUCGUCCUGCAGAACGUGUCCAAGUUCUACGGAAGCUUCUUAGCGGUGAAUCAAGUAUCGCUCGACAUUAAGCAAUCCGAAUGCUUCGGUCUACUCGGAAAUAAUGGGGCCGGGAAAACAUCAAUUUUCAAAAUGUUAACCGGCGAAGAGCUCAUCUCCAGCGGAGAGAUAUAUUUGCACGGACUGAAUCUGAAAACGGACAUUCGCAAAAUCUACAAAUGCAUCGGCUACUGUCCCCAAUUUGAUGCACUCUUCGAGAAUUUGACGGGUCGUGAAAUAUUGGAAAUCUUCGCUUUGAUUCGUGGCGUUCAGCGCAACGAAAUUGCAGCGUAUGCGGUCCGAGCAGCGACCGAUUUGGAUCUGAUUGAACACAUCGAUAAGCACGUAUCCCACAUGAGUGGCGGCAACAAACGUAAACUGUCGACAGCCAUUGCUUUGGUGGGAAAUCCGAAAGUGGUUUUCCUCGACGAGCCGACAACUGGGAUGGAUCCGGCAACGAAGCGCAAUUUGUGGAACAUUAUUAUCAAGUUGCGUGAUCAGGGAAAAUCAAUUGUCUUAACGUCACACAGCAUGGAAGAAUGUGAAGCGCUUUGCACUCAACUGACAAUCAUGGUGAACGGCAACUGUAAAUGCUAUGGAUCGUCUCAACACUUGAAAAAUAAAUUUACGAGAGGAUUUGAGCUGAAAAUCAAAGUUAAACAUGACCAGGAUGGACAGAGAGUAAACGAAGUCAAAAAUUACAUAGCGAACGUAUUCCACGAAGCUGUCUUAUCCGACGAGCAUCAGGACCUUCUGACAUACACGAUUCCAUCCAGAAAUCUCAAAUGGUCCACUGUGUUCGAAAUGAUGGAAAACGGCAAAAGUACUGGAAACGUUGACGACUAUUCGGUGAGCCAGAAUUCGUUGGAAAACGUUCUAAUAUCGUUCGUAAAAAAUCAGCGAACUCGCAACAAUCUACAGGGAGAGUCUACCGAAUAAUUUACUUUUACAAUGUUAAAUUGAGAAAGUCUACGCUUCUUAUUCUGUAUGUACUUGUAGCUGUCGGUUAAAAACCAUGAAAUUAACUUCAUUGAAUUUUCAGAUAUCAACGGGACGGGCAACACUGACCGAGUCAGUCUUGUUGCAUAAAUAAUAUUUUUAGAUUCACCUGAUUUUGUUGGUUUGUUUUUAAGCAACGACCGUAACGACUCUAAGACUUUGCGUGCGUAUCUUUUAUCUAUUGAUUUACUUUAAAGAAUGUGCGUGACAUCAUCACCAACCAACCAUUUUCACAAUCUUCCUGCAUCUUCUGACAUAAGUUUUAUUCGUCUAUGUAUUGUGAUUGAUCACACACUUUGAGUCCGUGGAUGAUUAAAGUAAUGUAGCACGUAAGAUACGUAAGUUCACGCUGAUCAAUUUGUGUCUAGUUAAGCAACUAGUGAAAAUGUAUGUUCGAUAAGCAGAACUUUAUUUGUUAAGUACAGUCACAUCGCAUAUCAUACAAUGUCUGACGUCGUCAUAGGUACUGAAAAAUUAUUCAUUGUCGCUACUUUCCAAUACAAAGGUUUUAUUGACUUUAUUAAUCAGUGAAUCUCUAAUGUGAUUUAAAUUUUAAAACAUUUACUUUAAGAAGGACAAAAUCUAUUUUUCUACGAAUUCGUUGUGAGACGACCUCCUUCCUAUCCUAAUUAUUACAUUGCCUUAGUACUUAUAGAAGAUAGAUCAUUGCAAAUAACCAAUCAAGUUGGAUGCAAGUGUUCACGUUUGUGAUUUUAAUUGAAAUGUAAUUUUAAGUUACGAUAUGUAGUGCACGUAUUAUUCAUACACAUUCUGGGUGGCAUGCGAUCGAGGGUAUAACAAUCAUACGUUCGCAUGUGGGACAGGAUGAUCAAGGAUGCAUAGAAAAACGUACCAGCUGAUAAAAUAGUGGAUCAGUCAAAAACUCUCAAAAGAGUAAAAGUGACGCAAGUCCCUGUGCAUACUUCCAAAACAACUGAUAUCGCUGG